GCUCACCCACCCAUGAUGCUCUCCGCCAUGCAGCACAUGGACUCCUCCGCCUACGCGUCCCCCUCGUCAGCCUCACCGUGGCAGCAGCUCCUCCCGGCGGAGCGCGGCCACCUUCCGUCCUACGAGGCCCUCCCAUCCGCCCCCGCCGCGGCGCAGCAGCACAGGGCGGCGCGCCGCAUCGCCAAGCGCCGCCCGCGCCCGUCGCGGCGGCUGCCCACGACCUACAUCAGCGCCGACCCGGCCGAGUUCCGCCGCAUGGUGCACCAGGUCACGGGCGCCGACGAGUCCCUCCUCCCACCGCCACAGCAGCACCAGCAGCAGAUGGCGGAGGAGCCCCUCCUCCUGCACGCGCUCGCCGGCCGCAUGGCGGCCGGGGGAGCCGACCGCGCGAUGCUGCUGCCGACGCUGGACACGUCGGCGUUCCUGCUCGGUGGCCGCGGGGCGAGUCCGGCCGAGGCGCUGCCGCAACCGCUGCCCCCAUGCGACGCCGGCCCGAUCGCGCUGGACAGCAACGCUAGCGGCGGCAGCAGCAGCGGCUGUGGGUUCCCGACCUUGGAGUCGUGGGAUCUUCUCUGA